AUGGCCGGGGCGGCGGCGCAGCAGCAGCAGCAGAAGGGUGGUGGUGCGGUGAGGGUCGGCGGCGGAGGGCCGGCGCCGUUCCUGACCAAGACGCACCAGAUGGUGGAGGAGCGCGGGACGGACGAGGUGAUCUCGUGGGGCGAGCAAGGGCGGUCGUUCGUGGUGUGGAAGCCGGUGGAGCUCGCCCGCGACCUCCUGCCGCUCCACUUCAAGCACUGCAACUUCUCCUCCUUCGUCCGCCAGCUCAACACCUACGGUUUUCGGAAGGUGGUGCCGGACCGGUGGGAGUUCGCAAACGAGAACUUCCGGCGAGGCGAGCAAGGCCUCCUCUCCGGCAUCCGUCGCCGCAAGGCCACGGCGACGACGACGACUCCCCAGUCCUCUAAAACCAGCGGAACCGGCGUAAACGUCGCGUUCCCUCCGCCGCUGCCUGCUCUGCGUCCCGCGUCUGCCAGCACGUCCGGCACCGGCAACGACCACAGCUCCUCCUCGGCGUCCUCGCCGACGCGCCCGGAUCUCAGCAGCGAGAACGAGCAGCUCAGGAAGGACAACCACGCGCUGGCAGCGGAGCUGGCCCUGGCGCGGCGGCACUGCGAGGGUACGCUGGGAAGUACUGUAAUAGGGAGAUUGGAAGAUGGAGCUCUCCUCCUUGUCGUUGAUCAGAUUACACACAUAAAGGCGGUCUUCCUUCUUCUCUUUGCGGGACACACACUACACAUCGGGAGCGAGGAACUCCACCUCUGCGACACUUGGAACAUCGGGGAAGCUCAGGCAGUCUUCCUUCUUCUCUUUGCGGGACACAAACUGCACAUCGGGAGCGAGGAAUUCCGCCUCCGCGACGCUUGGAACAUCGGGGAAGCUCAGGUCGGACCUCGGUUGGCGGAACCUCCAAGCCACAAGGUCGUACUCGCUGGUGGCGAGCUCCGACGUGUCAUAAGUGUUGAGCCACGUCUGCUGCUCGUUGCAUGA